AUUUCCAGUGACUCCAUCUAUGCGUUCGCAAAACUUGGCUAUGCUAGGGGUGAUAUCCGCCUAUCUGUCGGCGGUUCCCUCGAUCGCUUAGUGAAUCCAGUUGGUGGAUCAAUGGGAGGAAUAGGGACAAUCCAUUUGAAGAUUAAUUGGAAAUUUGCAGCGGUGUGUGGGUUGAAGUUGUAAAGGCCGAUUAAACCAAUUCAUCGCUAUCACUAGCUUAGCGCGUUUAUCCGGAGGGAACGCUAUUAAAGUGCGACUGCUGAACCGCUGUAAUGAAUAUUAUAACAAACGGUGAUGAUCAAACGCUGUUCAUUUCCAGAGACCAUCGAUCAACUCGACAUCUCGGCCGCUUCACGGUGUUUAUGUUCCGCUUUACUGCGUAACGUUAGCCGUUGACAGUAUUUCACAGCAGAGGCGGUCAAAUUUCCGCUAUCGUUUGGAGCGUCUCGUAGUAGGUGGAGGGAAGGCGGAUCGACUGGCCGAGCCCGCCAUGCCCGGUCCGGUGAGCAGCAAAGCACGGGUGUAUGCUGAUGCCAACACUGUGAAGAGCAAGGAGUACUGGGACUAUGAAGCACAUGUGCCUAGCUGGAGCAACCAGGAUGACUACCAGCUUGUGCGCAAGCUUGGAAGAGGCAAAUACAGUGAAGUGUUUGAGGCCAUCAACAUCAACAGCAACGACAGAGUAGUUGUUAAAAUCCUGAAGCCUGUUAAAAAGAAGAAGAUUAAGCGUGAGAUCAAAAUUCUGGAGAACUUAAGAGGAGGAACCAACAUCAUUCGACUUGUAGACACAGUGAAGGAUCCUGUGUCUAGAACGCCAGCCCUUGUGUUUGAGUACAUCAAUAACACAGACUUCAAGGAUCUCUAUCAGAGACUAACAGACUUCGAUAUCCGGUUCUACUUGUAUGAACUUCUAAAGGCACUGGACUACUCUCAUAGCAUGGGCAUCAUGCAUCGGGAUGUCAAACCUCAUAAUGUCAUGAUAGACCACCAAAUGAGAAAGUUGCGACUAAUAGAUUGGGGUCUUGCUGAGUUCUACCAUCCCACGCAGGAAUACAAUGUAAGGGUCGCCUCAAGAUCAUAUAAGGGACCAGAACUACUGGUUGACUAUCAGAUGUAUGACUACAGUUUGGACAUGUGGAGCUUAGGCUGUAUGUUAGCCAGUAUGAUCUUCCAGAAAGAGCCAUUUUUCCAUGGUCAAGACAACUAUGACCAGUUGGUCAGAAUUGCCAAGGUUCUUGGAACAGAAGAGCUCUUCAGCUACCUGAACAAGUAUCACAUUGAGCUGGACACACGUUUCAAAGAUCUGCUUGGCCAGCAGACCCGUAAGCGCUGGGAGAACUUUGUUCAGCCAGAGAAUCAGCAUUUGGUGAGCCAAGAGGCUUUGGAUUUGCUGGAUAAACUCCUGCGUUAUGAUCAUCAACAGAGACUGACUGCCCAAGAGGCCAUGGAACACCCAUACUUUUAUCCUGUGCUGAAGGGACAGCCUCUGUCAAACUCAGAAGGCGCACUGGCAAUAAGCAGCUCAACCACAACAUGAUGGGCUAAAAGCAGGAAAACCUUUUUACCUCAACAUGUCGUGCAGAGACAUGCUGCCUUUCAGGUGUGAAGCUUCAGUUUACUGGAGCAAGAAGUUAAGCAACACAAGACUUGUACAGAAUGAACACAACAGGCUGUUGUCCCUCUCCUACAUUCACUUUGUAUUAGUGCUGCUUGCCAUUGUUAUCUAGGUACCCAACUUGUGUUAUUCCCCUAUCUCCCCCCUUUUGAGUUGGACAUCUCCAUUUCAUUUUUUGAACAACACUGAAUUAAGCUAUGAUAUUAUGACUGGGAAAGAAUGCCUGCUCUUUCCCCAUGAUUCUCAGGCUGUUGAUGACCGAUGGGGACUCCUGAUCCUGGUUGCGUUAUAUAGUGGAAGAUUGUGUUGUUCAAUGACUUGCCCUGCUGAUAUGAGCUCAGAUUAUAAACUAGUAUUGUCAGGUAUGGAGGCUUUACUGCAAUUUAUUGAAAAUAAGAUAUAUUAAAUGAAACCGUUUUUAA